UUAUAACUGCCCUGUCUACUCAGGUUAAUCCUCGUUGUUAUUUCAGUGCUGGGAUUAACUUGUUCCAACAUGUUAGAGGCAUUCACUCAGAUGGAUAAGGCUCACUGGCAAGUUUUGUUUGUUUAUCAUGUAAUAACAGCAUCAAUCUGCUAUAAAAGCAGAGCUCAUGGUGCGAGGGGCGGGAAAGAGAAAACAGUCCAGAAAGUACCAGGAGGAUGACACAAGAAGAGAGGGUGUGGCCAAACACUUUCCUAAUCCAGAAUGAUCCUGUGAGUCAGCAUGGACUAAUCCAGCAGGGAAUAAAAACCAGGACAGAAGAUUCCAAAAGCGGACCCUCAGUCAUUUUAUAUUGUAAACAAACAUAUUUCUUCUGGGACAUCAUCUAAACAUGGUGCUGCUGAGGUCAGGAUGGCUGUGGAGACAAACUUCUGUCCUGAAACGCUGGAAGCUGAACUGGUGUGACCUUUGGAUCGAUGGAAGCCUCUGCUUCUACAAGAGCGACAGCAGGCGGGAGCUGGAGCAUCGGGUCAGCCUCAAGACGGCAUGUGUGGACGUGCGGUCCGGCCUGGAGUGUGGAGAUGUGACUCCACCGGAGAGCAAUCCCAGGGAAAAUCUCCUCGUGGUUCAGCUGAGAGACGGCUCGACAGCCAACCUGUGUGCCAACAGCGAAGACGACUGUUUAGCAUGGAAACUGACUCUGCUGGAAACCAGGAGAAACCCGGUAUUCACGUAUGACCCGUACGAUGACUCCUACCAGGCUGUCCCCAUCAACAGAUAUCACACCGUCUACAUCACACCCGGAGCAGGACCAGGCGAUCAUCACGUGGUUGUGCAGAGGGACCCGUUUGAUAACGUGAUGGAGCAUCUCGCACUGGGAUUACUGGGAGGCAUGGCAGCAGGUGCAGCCAUGCGGUCCUUCCUCUGGAUGCCCGUGUUUUUCUGCUGAGGCGAUCUCUGAUUUUCUGACACGAGCAAUAGCACAAAGGAUUUUUCCUUCAUCUUUUAAAUCCUCUGUAAAAUCUCAAGUGCAAGUUUAACAGAUAAAGUAGAAGAGGAUAAAAUGCUUGUUUUUGCUUGUAUACACAGCAUAUUUAUACUUUUACUUGUGAACCUUUGCAAAAGAGGAAGUCAGUGUUGUAUUUAUCGGUUUUGUCUGAAUUUUAAACGUUGCAAACUAAAGAAAACAUGUCAUUUGUCAGGUGCUCGACUGAGAAAAUAAGCUGUGUUAAGUUACAGCUGUUGAUCAAGUGCUGUAUGCUUAGUUUCUUGCAAGAAUAUAUUAUAAAUACCUGUCUUGAAUCUUUUGCUUUGCUAAAGCAAUCAAAGCUAAGUAAUGACAACUCCAGAAAAAAAAGCUAAUUAGGUUUCAAAUUUUCUUUUUUAGUCUAAUGACUAGUAAAGACAGG